AUGUUCCCCCUGAAGCCUUGCUGCCUCGAUGAAAGCAAGGCAGAUGUAACCUUCGCCUGCCUCUUUGCUGCAAAUUUUGUAGACUUUGCAACUAUUGAGUGGCGUCCCAGCAACAGUCAUGUAAAAACGUUCCCAGCACAAAAAAUAGGCAGAAAAUCCUACCGUGCCAGUCAGCUGACAGUCCGUUUCGAAGAACUUAAAACAACACCUUAUCAGUGCUUUGUGAACCAGAAGACAGGAAAUGGGGAACCACAAACAUCAGCAACUAUCCGGUACCAUGAUUGCAUUCCAAAGCCAAUCCAAGUGAACGUCUUAACCCCCAGCUGCAGUGAGCAGGCCACAGAGACCAGCCUAGAGCUGGUAUGCUUCCUCCGGAGCCUUGGCCCUGGGAAAGCCUCUGUUGAAUGGCUGAGGAAUGGAGGAGUGGAGCAGGGCAGUGUGCAGGUGUCACUGGUGGCGGACCAAGGGGAAAGCAGUAGCUACUCCGGAUUUGUCCGACGGAAUAUCACCAAAGAGAGCUGGGAGAGAGGGGACAUCUACACAUGCAAAGUGGCUCGAUCAGCCCGCAGCCCAGACAUCAUAAUGUACAACACCAGCAAGUGCCAGGCUUGCUAUGGUUCGCUGCUAAAACCCACUGUCUCCAUCAUCAAGCCAUCCUACAGAGACCUGCUUGAAGGGACAGCCAAUGUUACUUGUGCUGUGGUUGGUUCCCACCUUGAAAACAUCGAAGUAGCCUGGGAUGUGGAUGGCAACCCCAGUGCUAUGGGUCAGAAGACAAUGGGGGGAAAGGACGCCAGUGGAGUGCAGAAGAUGGAAAGCACCCACACGGUAUCUUUGGAGCAAUGGAGAAAGGGCACCAGAUUCACCUGCAAAGUGGCUGGAGGUUGUUAUGAAGAAGUAACCAGAGAAUUAACAAUCAAGAAAGAGACAGAAAGCAUGGAGCCCUCCAUCACCAUUUCGAAAGCCAACUUUGACGUCUCGCUUCAGAGUACCGUGGCCCUGAUUCUUGUCUGCAGUGUGAAUGGGUUUUCCCCAGAGGAAAUUAGCAUCUCAUGGAAGAAGGACAACAAUAUCCUGAAUGAAACACUGUAUGACAACGGGCCAGUGACACCAGCUGGGAAGGGGUACACCACUUACAGCAUCCUUAAAAUUGGCAGAGACGAAGCAGGGGGGAAGGGCGGCAUCUACAUCUGUGUGGUCCACCAUUCCUCGUCUGGCCAACCACUCACUAAGAGUGAAACGGUACCCAUUGACCAGCUUCAAGCACCUACUGUUGAACUCCUGCAGUCAAUAGACCAAGAAAAUAAAACCAUCACGCUGAAGUGCAUCGCAUCUAACUACAGACCCCCAAAUGUGAGCAUCGAGUGGAAGGCUGGUCCACAAAACAAGAAGGUGACAUUUGUGGAACGAAAGAUGGCAGACGGGACAUACAGUUCCAGCAACCAGUUGAAAAUGCCCAUCUCUCAAUGGCAAGAAGUGGAGAUCAACACAUGUGAGGUGGCGCAUAAAGCAACAAAUACAAAGGUGGUCAGGAACAUCUCGAGAAAAGACUGGAUUGUGCCGACAGCUCUCUCAUUGACUCUCAGCACUGACCCACUCUGUCCCAGCACAGGACUGGGGGACAGUGGUAACAUCACUUUAGUCUGCUCCAUCUAUGGCAACUCCCUAAGGAACAUCCAAGUCACCUGGGAGGCCAGUGGGAAGGCUCAAGAGGCCCCCAAGCCUGCAAACCUUCUGAAGAACGCUGGCCAGUUUUAUACCAGGAGCAACUUGGUUGUGCCCCUGAAGGAAUGGAACACACUACAGGUGUAUACCUGCAAGGCAACGCAACCUGAUACAAGCGACAUCCAGAGAAGCAGUAUCAGCAAGUGCACAGCAUGCAAAGGGAGCGUCCCACCUCCCAGUCUCUACCUCCUGAAGCCACCUCUUGAGAAACUACUAACCCAAAGUAAAGCUCUCUUGGUUUGCCUUGUUGUGGGAUACGAACUGGACCAUGCCACACUCACCUGGAUGGUGAAUGGCAUAAACUACACCAAGAAUGCCGAAAAAGCAAACAUCACAAGCCACACAAACCUCACCCAGAGCUUACAAAGCCAGUUGACCAUCACCAGAGAGGCCUGGGAUUCUGGAAAUGCAAUCCAGUGCCUAAUUUCUCAUCCCUGCUCAUUCUUCCCAGACGUGAAGCAGAGCAUCCAAAAAAACAAAGAUCCCAACCAUGUUAAAGCUCCGUCUUUCAACUUGGUCAUUCUGUCGCCAAGACAAUUCAUACAACCUACGUCCCAAGCUGUAGCAUGGCUGGCUUGUGAGGUCUCUGGAUUCUCCCCAGCUGAAAUAUUCAUCAGGUGGAAGAAGAAUGACACAGACAUUGAUGUCUCUGAAUAUAUCACAGGGCCUCCAACAGCCAAAGCUGGAAGCCCCACUUUUACCAUCCAAAGCAUUCUAAAAGUCCCAGCAUCUGAGUGGAGAAGCAGAGCCCUCUAUUCCUGCAUUGUGGGGCAUGAGUCCUUAACUCUUAUGAAGAAUGCCAGUGGGCAUUUGUAUGAUUUUCUGCAACCAGCUCCCCCGCAGGUGACAGCAUUCUACACCUCGGAAGAUGGGGGACGCCAGAAACUUGUUUGCUUUGCUACCGACUUCUAUCCCAAAAAUAUAGACAUUGAAUGGGCCGCCAAAGGACACAGGCUCAGCUGCAGUACUAACUCCUCAGCUCUGGUCCCACUUGCUAAUGGGAAGUUCCAGAAGACCUGCAGUUGGGUACUCAGCGGAGAAGAAUGGAAAGAGCCAGAAAUCUAUACAUGCACUGUGAAUCACAGCUCAACCAACACCAUGAUUAAGAAGGACUUGCAUUAUUCUGGAAUGGCCCCACUUCUUAACGAGACAGCUAUCAAAAUGCAGCCACCACCCUUUGAAGAUCUCUUUAUAAACAAAAGUGCCAUUCUGACAUGCAUGAUGCCCCUUGCAAAUGCAACCAUCAACUCAACAGUCAGUUGGACAAUGGAUGGAGAACCUGCCGACACAAAAGCUGUGACUACCCAACUCUUGAACGAAACCAACGGCACUUCUUGGAUCUAUGGACAACUGCGCGUGAAUCUGACUGAAUGGAAAACCACUGUGAAGUUCACCUGUAGCAUCCAAAAUGGCCUAGGAGAAACCAAGCAACACUUUGAGCGAAGGAAUGGCACAAUGAAGCCCCCCAAAGUCUACCUCCAGCAACAGUCCUCCAAUGAUGACCUAAAUGUAACCUUAUUCUGCCUGGUCAGAGACUUCUACCCAGGAGAGAUCUUUGUGAAGUGGGAGGAGGAGAAAAAAGGAACGUCGCUGAGGGGUUAUGAUGCUCAUGGUCUGAAAUGUGACCAUGAAAAACAAAGAUGUUCCUUAGUGAGCGUACUUGAAGUCCCCACAAGCAAGUGGCUAGCAGGAGUCUCUUACGCAUGCCUUGUAGCACACGUCUCCUCUGAAAACAUCACAGUCAGAAGAACCAAUUCCCUUUCCGAUUCCUGGGACUGUGCCAUCAUGGGUACUGCUCUGUGUGAUAUCCGCAAUGAAAAUGAAGAUGAGUACAGUGAACUCGAGGAGGCCAACAGCGUCUGGAACAAAGUUUCCACUUUCAUGGUCCUCUUCACAGUUGCAGUCUUCUAUGGGGGACUUGUCACUUUCAUCAAGGUGAAGUAACCUUCCUCCUUAUCUCACGAUGAAGAAUAUGCAGAAUAAGACCCUGCUUUUUCUCUCCAUUAUAUAGUUCUCUCAGUCUUUUUUCAUUAUAUUUUUUGUCUGCUACGAUCCAACAAAGCAUUAAUGUCAGAAAGCAUUAUCUUCACUGUUUGCCUUGGCAUCUUUUGCAAUAAUUGACACAGUCAAUUUUGCUUCAAAAGAUGGUUAACAGGUCCCUGAAGAAAGCGACCUCAACUUUACAUGAACAUUAUCACAAAUAGUAAACAACUUUCUGUAUCAAUAUUGCAAGUGCAUGGAAACUGAGCAACAAACAGCAAUUUUGCCAGUGCCAACAAUAUGGAGCUCAACAAUUGUGAAAGAAAACAACAACAAAGAAUAGCACAUCAACCAUCCACGAGUAACAAAAUUUAUCUGUGUCUUCCAACUCUAGCAAGUGAUGGGUUGCAGAAAACUGGAUCUGAGCAGGAGCCAUCCAGAUUGGUGAAAAGCUCCAAAGUGAUUUCAUUGCUCUACGCUUUGUACUGAUUUCCUCCAAAUCCUGAGCCAUUAUUUCCACAGCGGCAGUUUCUAGAAGCAUUGCCAUAUUGGUAUGUUGCCAAUUUGCAGCCCAGAGAGCAGCCGUUUAGUCUUAAGUGUACUGAUAAAGUAGAAGAUGAGUAGCUCUUUUUGCUUUCCAAAUUUAAGUCCUUUUGUCCACAUUUUUCCCUUACUUGCAAUAGAGGACUCCAUUAUUUGCCCUCCUACAACAGAAAAAUGUGUACAAAGCAACUGCGAUCAAAAGGGGUCAGAGCUGGUACAACCAAUAAAGGUCCCUUCCUUUAUCAC